UUAUUGCAAUUUUCAGCAACGUGAAUUUUAGUAAUAAUUACUAAUAUUUUUAACCCAAUUUAUUAUGUGAAAAUAAUAAUAUAAAAUGAGUGUUUAUCACGAUGAGGUCGAAAUCGAAGACAUGGAAUAUGACGAAGAAGAAGAGGUUUAUUACUACCCAUGUCCGUGUGGCGAUCGAUUUCAGAUAACCAAGGAAGAACUUAUGGAGGGCGAAGAAGUAGCUACUUGCCCCAGUUGUUCCCUCAUUAUUAAAGUAAUAUAUGAUGCGACAAUGUUUCAAGCAGAGGAAGAUGAAGAGACCGUGCUCAAUGAUAAAAUGAAAGAUAUGAAGUUGGAAAAGCACUGAGAAUUCAGUUUCUUUUGUAAAAAGAUUUCUAUAUUUCUGUAAUAUAUUUAUAUAUAUUUUAAAUAUAUGUUGACUAGAGUAAACAAUUACGCCUUCUGGCUUAUCUUACACAUA